AUGACGAAAUCCACAGCGCUCGCGCCGCGUGCCGGAGACGCGCCGGGAACCGGGCCCUCCGCUCGGGCGUGCGACGGUCGCGACGCGCACGUGUCCGUCGCGAUGUGUCCACCGGACGGUGGCGUCUGGGCGACGUUCACCUGCGUACUCGGCUUCGUGGCCGCGAUGAUUCUGGACGGCGUGUGCCUGUCGGUGAUCGCGUACGACGGACGCGUCGGCGUCGUGGCCGAACGAUUACCGUUGCCGUCGCCGUCGACCGCCGCGUUGGAACACAUGGCCGUCGUCUGGCUGUGCCGCUAUCUCAUCGGUAGGCAGCACCGUCUUGGGUAUAGUUUUAGAACGGGCCGCGUAACCGCAAGGAGGGAGGGGGGGAAAUACUCUCGGUCACGGCACCGUUCCAGUGACGUUCUUAUUUUUACGGACCGUGCGCGCCGAGUACCCGUACCGGGCGCCGGGUACCGAUUGUAGGCGCACGGUCGCACCACGACGGUGACGAUUGUAACGUUGCCGGACGACGAGAAAUAUUUCGGGGCUCUUGAAAGUGCCGCGCCGGCCGCGUCCCCGGGUUUUAUAAUAAUUAUACCGUACAGUUCGUCGUCAACGACGAUUAUCGCAAAGUAAUUGCGUCCAAUUAUCCGUUUACAGAACCGUUUUCGUGUGCCUACAUCAAUCGGUACGGUUUUCGCUACGGUUUGUUUUUCGGCAGUGUGCUGUCUGUCGCGUGGAUCACGUUAUUGACGUCGUCGUUUAUCGGUGACGUCGAGCCGUCGUUUUUCCAGCGUUUCCGUUUCGUUUUGGCCGCCGCCGGAGGUAAGUCGAGUAACCAAUAACGAUAGACGUCCGGUACCCGCAUAUGCGGCGUUUAAAAUCGUAUUAUUUCAAUCGACGGCGGCGUGACAGGAGUCCCAUGAGACCCCCGGGCCUCGUGGCUGUUUCCGUGAUGGCGAGUAAAGGGUCACGAAACGAUAAUAAUUAUAAGUCGUGUUUCGAGAAACCGCCGGUUCUAUCUAUCAAAGGUACCUGUAAUGUAUUAUGGACAGUUUUUUGCAAUAAAAAUGGAUUCUGAACAUUUUUAGCGUACUUAAAUUUUAUCCGAAAAUUUUGAAGGCGGUACCUAAUUUUUGUCCCGCGAAUGAAAAAAUAUUCACGCCGCUACCGAUUUCAAUAUUCACCCGACGACGACGGUUCUUACAAUUCGAAUUCUAUAAUUAUUCUUAAUAAUUCGGAGGUUUUUGCGUGUGUGUGUGUGUGUGUAUAGGUAUCGGAAUCGGUAUGAUAAAAACAGCGUUCGUCGUAUUAAUAUCGUCGCUGUUCAUCACCAACCGGAAAACGGCACACAUGUGUCUGCAUUUGGGAAGUUUUACCGGAAUAUCGAUAUUUCCGGUUUUAACGGCGUACUUGAUAACGAACGCGGGCCAUCAUUCUCCGAUGUAUCUCCUCUCAGGUCGGUACCGAUACAAGUAGCGUAACAUUAUUACCGUUAUUAUUUCGAUUGUUUUCUGAUUUUCUAAUUUUGAUAUCGUGGCGCUGCGCUUAACUUGGCUGCAAUCGAUUGUAAGUAUAACUGAUUGAUACGUUAUGUUAUUAAGGUUUAACGUGUUUAACGUUAACGUUUUGGUUGCUGGUCGCUACGCCGGUGCCAUUACAAGUCUGCGGAGAAACGUUCAAAGAGAGCAAUUCGCCUCAAGCGUCCGGCGAAGACAUCGACACUGCAGUUGCAAACUCAAAGUAAAUUGCAUGUUACAAUACGACGUAUAUUAUAAUUUUUUACCGUGUGCCUUCUCAAAAUCUCGCUACAGUCAAAAAUGUUAUAGGGACACUUUAUUUUGGGAUUUUCGAUCUAGCUGGCGAACUGAGCAAUUUAUUUUUGGAUUUUGCUCAUAGUUCUCUUAAAAAAUUACAAAUCUCAAUAAAAGAAAAUUAUUUUGAAUAAUACUCUGUCCGCAAUCAUUUUACGUCGUCUCCCUUCCUCUAAUUCCCUUGCAAAACAGUGGCACGCCCGUUAGCAACCUUUUUUCAAAUCCAAUUUGUAUUAUACGUAUAGGUAGAUUUUAUGUUGAAGAACCUUGUUCUUUUUUGAACAGAUUAUUAAAUUGUUAAUAGUCAUUAAUUGAAUUGCUUUGUUUUUCAAUUAGGCGUGGAGUUGUCACAAUGCUAUUAACGCCGUUAACGGUGAAAAUUCCGUUAUACAGUUCUCAUAGUUUGACAACUAUUAGUUUGAACGCCAACUGGACGUCAGAGUCUAAAAAACACCGAUUGGUGUGUAUUCGAAACUUGACGAACAUGUUUGACGACCGUACGAUCGGCGCUAGGCCGAUGUAUCGACAGGACGUGCUGUUCAAUAGUAACGGCAUGUUGCUGACGAACAAUUCGAAAACGGUAUGAAAUGAAUAUUACGUUGUGUAUUCAGAAUCUAAAAAAAAAAAUUAAACUAUAUUACUUAUUUGAAAUUUGCACGAAAAUCAUCCGUACGACGCCGUUUGUUAUCCGCGCGCAAUUAACGGUUUUUUCAACAUAACAUUUUUCUAAAAUUAAUACGUAAUUUUUUCUGAACAGAUCGACUGCAGGUAUGUUAAAAUAACAUCGACUUUGACUGUUGAUGAUGUAAAUGAGGAAAAGUACGGCCGGUUCAACUUGUGCUCGAUCGCCUUGUGCCGAGUUUUGACAUCGAUGUUAAACGUGUCUAUAUGGCUCAACGGGAAAUUUGUCGUAUUCGCAGCGAGCGAAGCUUUGAUUUACAGCUCGUCGUUAAUACCUUUCCUUUUCAUAAAAGGUGAAUAAAACAAAUAAUGUUUAAUAUUAAAAAUUCAAGUACAAUGCGUUCUGUAAAAAAUUUUCAUCUUUCCGAUAAAAUCAAAACAAUUAAAAUUUGACCGCUUCAGUACUAUAGCCACAAAAGUUAACGCUGUUAAGCAUAUUUUGAGGUGAAAAAAAAGUAAUUUAAUUGGUUAGUAUUAACAUUGGUUUUUAAUAAAUUAAUUCGAUGUGAAGACAAAUUAAAUCUUAAGAAAAGUUUUGACAAUCGGAAUUUUAAUCCUGUCAAGAUUUUAACGUGACAGAAUUUCAACCCCGGACUCCCUGUAUAAUACACUUGCGUACAUAAAAAUGCUCGAAAUUUGAUUUGCAUAUUCUAUAAUCGUAUAAUCCAUAAUAUAUAGGUACCGUCGGUCAGAAAACUUCCAAUGAAGUUAUGGUUACUUUUAUCGUGGCUGGUUUCGGUCUAUUGUCUGGUCGUGGUGUAGGUUUUUUAUUGCACGAAACUUCGUCAAGGGCCGUUUCAUUGCGCCACGUGAGCAUGGUGCUAAUAACUAACGGUCUAUCGUUGGUCCUAUAUCAUAUCACAGAUGAUUUUACAAAAAUAUUGCCAAUCAUCGGAUGUUAUGGAUUUCUAUGGGGUUUGUCUUUUUUUUUUAGAUGUAACUUGUUAACUAAAAAUAAAACUAUUACAAUGAUGAUUUUCGAUAUUAGAUUUUAUUGUUAGAAUAUUAAUACGUUACAAAAAUAAAACUUUGAAUCAUUGCCAUUGUUUACAUAGCAAACAACACAUUCAAUUUUUUAUGUAUCAAAAAUUGUCUCUAUUAAAAUCUAGAAAACUAAUAAUUUGUUAUAACCUGCUCAUAAAAAACAAAUAUAUUUUUAUAAUGUUUUAAAUAUUUUUCACGUAUUCCAGGUUAUUACAAAUCAAUACAAAACGCGGUGUUCCAUCAUUACAUUUUUCCGUUAAGAAAAUUGAUCAACAUACGCGGACAAAUUGCAUUGGUCCGAGCUGUAUCCUGUUUUGUAGGAUUACUGACUGCGAGUAAGUUGUUUAGUUAAAAUAUUUAUACAAUACAUAACUAUAAUGAUUUUUACUAAAAUCUAAAAUUUUAUAGGGACUUCUUACAUAUUUUUUGGUAGAGUUUGAGUGUUCAUUUUUUUUUUUUUUUUGAUUUUCCUUGUAGUUUUCUUAAUAAAUAAAAAAAAAUUCAAUUUUUGUAAAAUUUUUUUGAAUUAUGGGUUGCCAACAGAGAAUAUGGAGAAAAUACGACCAAUAGUACUUUUCUUAGAAUCGUUUUUCAUUAACAAUGGUUCAUCGUUGCGUACAUAUAUAAACUAAAUUACUUUGUUUAACUUUCCUUCAUAAUUUUCCUCUUCAAACAGUAACACACCUAUCAGCAUUAUCGGGCUUUUUUUUCCAUUAUAAAAUUUUAUAUAAAAUUCUAAAAAUAAUCGAUAAUUAAAUAGGUAGGUUAUGAUAAUAAUAUUUUUUUCGAUUAGGUAUCUAUUUUUCACUUAAUUAGAUAGUCGGUAUUAUUUAAAACAACUUUUUCAUUUCAAUUUUUUUUUUUUAUAAAAUCAAAUGAUAAUGAAUUAUUGAAAACAAAUAUAUUCAGUGAAGCCCCGCUCUGCAAACUAUUAACAUUUUUUAAAUUGCGUAUCAUAGUUAAUUUUAGAAAAUCUCUUUUGUAUAUAACUGAUCUUAAUUUAAGACUUUUUAAAACUAAUAUCAAGACUGGCAAUUUAAAUGGUUUUUAAUAACAAUAUUCUCGUACCUAACCGCAUUCUUUUACAGUAACGAUCCUUAAAAGGACGUCCGACGUCGGCUACGUCUACGUCUUUGCUGGCCUGCUGAUAGCGGCCGGAGGAGUGUGCGUGGGUUUGUUGGAGUGGGUCAGUAGACUUCACACGAACAUCGCGACCGAUGAAAAUCCAAUGUGUCCGAACAUUGUGAUAAAUUUGCAGGAUGAUCGUCCCAUAAACAAUACUUAUUAUGAUGUUUAA